GACUGUCAGGAGACCUGUGAGUGAGAUGGACUUACCAUGGAGGAUUCAAAGCUCUGGGUGAYGAUGAGGUGCUGAUGAACACAGUGUUUGCUUCCAUGCACAGAGGAUGGAUGUGACUGUGGACUGGGACUCAGAGAAUAACAUUUGUGACACAGAGGGGACACAUUCAAAUUAUCCCAGAAAGACCAGGAAGCAGRUGGCAGGCAUGAAUUACUUGUGCAGUCCUCCUGGCAACUCUGCUGGACUUUCAGGAAAGAAGGAGCUUCCUGCAGAGCGGGAGAGGAGUGGAGACAAAGAAACUUGUGCCACCCACAGCCAGAAACAAGAUGAGAAUSCAGCUGGGGAGUUUGCCCCCUCCAGCACCAACUUUGACCUGCAGAGUGAAGUUAAGGAUUUAGAUCACCGCUCCUCUGAGAGAAAACCACGGAUGAUAACAAAACUCCGUGCGGACAACAAAAGCGCCACUCUCAGGGSUGUGUUUGGUGAGGAGCCUGUCCCUUUGGAAGCUCUGCCCUACCAUUGCAAGAAGUGUGGCUCCUCUUUCCACAACGUCAGCGAGCUGCAGGAGCACAGGCGAGCUCACCUGGUGGACAGCUCCUACCGCUGUCCCAUCUGCUCCAAGGCGUUCUCCCGCGCCGCCAACCUGCGCAUGCACAAGCUGAUCCAUUCCAGCGAGAGGCCGCACAAGUGCCCCGAGUGUGACAAGGGCUUCAUCCGCACGGCCGAUGUCUGGAGGCACCUGCGCAACGUGCACAAGAUCGAGCGCUCCAUGGUGAUCCUGGGGACCGGCGUGGCCAGGAACCCCUGGUCCGUGCUGCACCGCAGCCAGCACAGUGUCGAGUGCCCGGAUCAGGCUUGUCCCGAAAACCCAAAGUCUCAGGAAGAUUUCAAACCUUACGCCUGCCCGACGUGCGGCAAAGGCUUYGAUAAGCCCAACCUGCUGUCCAAGCACAAGGUGAUCCACCGGGAGGACAAGCCCUACAAAUGUCAGGAGUGUGGCAUGGCAUUUGUGCAGCUGCUCAGGCUCAAGAGACACCAGCAGACUCACUCUGGGGCACGGCCCUUCUAUUGUGAGGAGUGUGGGGGGACCUUCACCCGGCUGGCAUCGCUCCAGCGCCAUCACCGCAUCCACACCGGAGAGAAGCCCUACUCCUGUAAUUUCUGUGGGCAUUCCUUCACCGAGUCUGGCACCCUACGGAGGCACGAGCGCACACACAAGUUGGACAAACCUUAAUUUGCGGUCUCUGUGGUUGCUUCUGACCUGAAGGAGGUCUGCUCAGUUGGGCAGGAAAAGCACCCCAUGGUAUGUGCUCUGUCCAGUCCGGACCCACUGCCCAGCAGCAGCUGGCAGGGAAUGCUGCAUCACAGGGAGCUCUGGAACUUGGACUGGGAGAGAUUGCUUGGCUGCGAUGGCUUUAAAACUGCCUGGCUUUAAACUGCUUUGUAUGAAUAAAAUAACCUAAUUACCAGUGAGUAAUGAAAUGGGAGACUUGAGGAGACUGAAAUCACUCACAUGUGCUUGUGCUGUCUCUGUUUGCUGGACUGGUGAUACAUCAGCUUGAGCUUUGUGCAGGGAUGUGCAAGCACAGGCUGUGAGAACACACUGGAUAAAUCAGCCCUGCCCUCUUGAGUGUGAUGGCUCUUUGACAUUGGGUUUGGAGAUCURUUAUUGCAGGUCUUUACUAAGUUAGAACAGUCCAGAGUUGUCCCUMUAUCCCUUCUGUCCUUGUAUUUUGCUGAGUCGUUUUUUCUGUUACACUGCUUUUUAUUUGGAAGGGGGAGUAUCAUGUUGGUUAUCAAAAAAAACCCCAGACCCCACUUAGAAACUAGUUCCUUAAUAAAUACAACAUUUACCAGCUGUAUUUCAGAA